GACCAUCUGUCAAUGCUAUACGGAGCUGAUUCUGAAUAUGUCUGUAAUAAUCUGGAUCCUAUCAUUGGAGUUUGUUGAUGGCUUCAUGCGUUGGAGCAGGAAGUCUUCUUGCUUGCAUUUUGAAUGAAGGUGUUCAUUCCAUUGAGGUUGAGCAAGUAGAACAUUUACUUGAAUUGUUCAGGAAAUGUUACUCUAAUCCUUUUCCCUCUAUUGUCCAUCUGGGUGGAAUUCUUGGAGUCGUUAAUGCUUUGGGGGCAGGUGCUGGAAAUUUGAUUUAUGUUCUUCCUCUAUCCCCAGCUUCACGUGAUGUUAAUGAAGAAAAGCAGGGACAUUCUCAUAUUUUGGGUCCUCUACUUUCAAGUCUUGCUUGCGAACAACGUUUGACAACAUUAGUGCAAGAGAUGUUUCUUCUUGCGCAGAAUUCUGAUAACCAUCAACUGCAACAAUAUGCUGCAUGGGGAAUUUCAUUUCUUAGAUAUUACUUGUGGUCGAAAGAACUACCAGGUCUUGAUAGUAGCCAGGCAGAUGUUGCUCGCACAAAAUCUGUUCCUCAAAGUGUUCCUGAUGACAGUGUAGUCAUGAAGCUUGGUCAAUGGCUAAAGUAUCUGAAUUUUUCUCGGACAGAAAGUAUGGCAGAUGUUGGUACAGGAAAACUGUUCUAAGAUGAGAUUCAACUCCUCAUAAUAGUUCCAACUACAAAGAUAGGCAAUUUAAGGAACAUAGCAAAAUCAAAUAUAG